CUGCAAAAAGUUAGUGACUGCUGGCUGCUAAUUUUCUUAGUGGCUGGUAGUUUGAGCCUGGUGCUAGAAUUCGCUCGGUAUACAUCAGCUGCGUUCUACUUCCGUGUUUUGGUCACAAGAGGAAAACGUUAAAUCGACAAAGAUGAUACCAUGGUUUGCAUUAAUUCGACGAAGAUGGAAGUAUUCUGAGAAUAGUUUUGACAGUUGAACUGAGGUCAUUUCACUGGAACUACAUACGAAUCAGCAUGUCAGGAAAUAAGUCCAUCGCUUGAAGGUGUAUAUUGGUAUAGUUAGCAGCACAGUCAUCAUCUACAAUGAUGAACCAUUAUAGUGUUAAUAAUACUGGGGUGACAGACUGUAAAUCCAGUGUGUUUGAAUCAUCAACAGAAACUGCUUCUGUGCGGUUGUCAGCUGGUGUGAGAAGGUUUACUGGGUUUGAAUCUGACUCAGAAGAAGAACAACAAGAGUAUGUGGAGAAAGCUAAGACUUGUCUAAAGACAUCAAUAAAUGACAGAAGCAAAUCAACGUCUGCUUCAGAAGUUCAGAAUAAUACAGAUCCAGUUGUGAAAGAUGAGGAUGUAACACCGUGUUAUGGUGAUCAGCAUAAUGAAUCGGACUUUAAAAAGGCAGAAGAUUCAUUAAAGAAUGAAUCAGGAUCAUCACUUGUUGGUAAAAGUAAUGAGUCAAAUUUUGAAAAAAACGAAACAGCUGAAAAGAAUGAUUUGAGAUCACUGUCUGUUGUUAAAGGUAAUAAAUCAAACCUUGGAAAAGCUCAAGUUACAGCAACAAAUGAUUUGACAAAGUCAUAUGCUGCUAACAAUAAUGAGCCAUGUGAUAAACAGGCCAGUUAUCAUGUAGGUGACCACAAAACUUGCUUAGAACAGUUAAAUUCAUCUGACCAAGAAGAAGAAUAUAUCAUACAUGUGGACGAUCUAUCAAAUACUCCAAGAGAUAUAAAUAAAAUCUCAAGAAUUAAGCAAAGUGAUACAAAAUUGAUGUUAAAUUCCAAAGGAAGUACGGCACUUCAUAGUGCCCCUGAGAUAAACAGUGGCAGAAAGAAAAGUGAUGCCUGCAGUACUGGCACACAAGAGGUUACGGUAAUUCGUGGGAACAAAGUGCCAUCACCAGAAAACUAUGGCAGCCAGUUCGAGUACCAUGAUCGUCAUGGUGUCAAAGUGUCAGAUGUUUUGACAGAAAAUUCAAGUACAUCCAGUGCAAGUUAUUCCCCAGUGAACACAACAACGUCCAAUGUGCUGGCCAAGUCCGAGACUAGCCCAGCUAAAGACAAGUAUGUGCAAGAAAGAUUCAAUCCAUUUGACAGAGAUAUUCAAAUUGAAGAUGACCAUUUCUCCGACACUGGGAAUAACCUUUUCACAAAUCAUCGUAAUUUAUCAAGUGAUAGUAACCAUUCUCCAGUGUCAGUGUCCACAGCUGACACGUGGACAGACAUGGGCAGUCGCCGACUGUCUGGGUUAUCUGACUAUGAUGACAUCACCAAUGCUGAUCUUGGUCUUGCAGAGGAUCACUUCUCACAGCCAGAUGGUCAUUUUGGUCUGAGCAGUACUGAGGAGUUGGAUCUUGCUAUAGAGAACUGUGUGGAAAUCAUCAAAAUGGUGCCUCAAAACUCGGACAAGCAAAAAAAUCUGGUCGAAAAACUGGUUCAGUUGAGAAUGAAGAGACAGGAACUAAAGGACGGUCCAGAACCAGUUUUACCAGACAUCAAGAUGGUUGUUGGACACAAGUUUAAGGAGCGAAACAGUCGCAGCUCCAAACAUUACUGUGAGAAAUGCAAUGCUGUCAUCUGGGGUGUCUUACAAGCAUGGUACAGGUGCAUUGAGUGUGGAUACUGCUGUCAUGCUAAAUGUUUGAUAUCCAUAACAAGAACGUGUGCCAGGGUUAAAGUGAAAGCAAAUCCAACUUACUGUCUUUCAAUCUGUCCAAAGAAGGGGCUGGCUUCUCAGAAUUAUCGGUGUGCUGAAUGUAAAUCUCCUAUAUCUUUUAAAUCAGGAAGUCCUGAGCCUAGACUGUGUGAUUACUCUGGGAAUUAUUACUGUGAGUCGUGUCACUGGAACGAUCUCAUGGUGAUUCCUGCUAGAGUCCUACAUAACUGGGAUUUUGAAACAAGAAAGGUGUGUCGAGCGUCGAAGCAGUUUCUACGUCUAAUGCUGCCGUACGCUGCUAUUAGGAUACAGGAUAUCAAUCCCAUGCUGUUUAACUUCGUGGAGGAACUCAAUGAGAUCAAGAAACUUCGAGAAGAAUUGCUUGUGAUGAAAAAAUACAUCCUUCUCUGUGCAGAAGCCAUGGAAAACAAACUCCUCCUGUUGAUAAAAUCUCGACAGCAUUUUGUCGAUAGCUCGGACAUCUACAGUAUGAAAGACUUGCUGGAUAUCCAAACAGAUGUGUUGCUUUCAGAGCUGGCAGCAGUUCACUCCUCCUGGGCUCAGCACAUCAAGAGUGACUGUCAGCUGUGUCGAGGCCGGGGGUUCAUAUGUGAACUGUGUGAUGACAAUGAGGUGUUAUUUCCCUUUGACAGUGUGGCUGUUGUCUGUUCCCAGUGUUCCAGUGUGAUGCACAGACAUUGUUACGCCAAAAAGCUUCUGUGUCCAAGAUGUGAGAGACGAGACAGGCGGAAAGGAAACUAGUAUUUGUGCCUUAUUAUCACAAUAUCAAUGUGGUGUUCAGCAAGGUGUCCUCUUUUACAUGCCACUUUAUUUACAGAAGAGAAAAAAAAAACCUUUUUAAAUGAUGUCCAUAAUUUUGUUUACUUUCUUUUAACAUCAUGUUCCUUUUAAUUACCAGCUAUUACAACCUGUUUUACUUGUUUUAUUUAUUUUAUUGAUGUUCUAAAAUAUCUUAAUAUAAGUUUAAUGAACAGAGUUUGUUCUUUUCAGUUUUUGUUUUUAAUUUUGGCUUUAAAGGUUGGAUUUCAUUUUAUUUUCUUCUUGUUUUAUCUCUCUUCUGGUUUACUAAUUGGUAAUAAUUGAACAAGUUUCUUGUUUUGUUUUCAAAUGUGAACAUACACAAGUGUCUUAGUGUGAUGUGAUAUUUGUGGGUGCUAAUAUUUACUCAAGCCAAAUGAACUAUGAAGAGUUAUUAUUUUUAUCAAUGACAUGUUGUACAUAUAUAUAUAUUACAGUCAGACAAGAGCUUUGUUUUACUACUGUUACACGAAUGUCUCCAUAUUCUCGAACAAUACAUAUUAUUCUAUUAUUUAUUGAGUGCUAAUAAACAUAAUACAUUA